UACCCUAAAUUUUUUUCCCGUAUUUCCUCUCAGACCCAGUCCCUCAUUCGGUCAUUCCCCUUCUCUUCCCUAUCAGUUCUUAUUUCUUAAAAGAGAAAACCGAUAGCUCUAAGUGCCGCUCUCCACCUCCACGGCUCCACCAGUGGCCUCCAGCGCCGCUGCCCGUCCGUCUGUCUGCGCGUCUCGCUGCAGCCCAUCAACGUUGCUUUUUGCGUCCUGCUUCUUCCUGCUGCUGCUGCUUCCUCUGGUUUGCUCGUUUUCAGUUUUGCAGAGUUUUUCAACGAAACGCAGGGAAACCUUUGCCCAAAAUACUCGACGCGAUUGUUAUUUAAUACCAGGAAAAAAAAAAAAUUGAGUAAAUCCAUUCGUUUCAUUCAUAUGGGGAAGGAGAAGGAAGAAACUUUAGGAAAUACUAACAUCGAAGAUGCCAAUUGGCUUUGUUCACUUUCUGAAUCCGAACUUGAUUUGUUGAUUAGCCUAAAGAAGCUAGCCCUGAAACGUGCUAGUGCAAUUGGGCAUGUUCAAUUGGCUAAAAAGUUUGAUCUGAAGAUGCUUCGAGCCCUUGGCUUCGUUUUGAUGGAAUGUGUGAAAGAAAAGGUUAAGGACUUGUCAGUUAUUCCGGGGAUGGAUGAGAAUGCUACAUUUCUUGAUUCUUCCAAUUUACUAAAAUGUAAGGUAGAUGAGUUGAUGAGCAUUGAAGAGCUAAAUGAAUGCAUUGCAAUUGAAACAAGGAAGGAAUUUCGCAAAAGGCUGCGUGGAAAGGAUGCCUUAGUUAGAAGUAGUAAGAGACGCAAAGCAGAUGAUGACGAAGACGAAGAAACAGCAGAAGAUUAUUAUCCAGAAUUUACGUUCCAGGAUGAUAAGUAGAAAGUUUUGCAACUUCAUCACUUGUAGUGUAUAGCCAUUCAAGGAUAAUAACUUAAUUUUUUUGGCCAAGAGAAAGCAUUUUUAUUAAGCUUAAUAAUUCGAAGUAAUAUUCCCUUCCCUUUUUUUCUCAA